AUAUUGGAGAGUUCUGAGCUUCCCAGUUACAUAUCGAAUCAAAACAAAGAGACCAUAACAUGAAAACACUUGAUCUCUCUUCUUCCGCUUCCUCCUCCUCCUCCUCCUCCUCCUUCUCCUUCCCUGUUCUUAAAAAAAUCCCUCUGUCUCCCUACCUGCUCACCUUAUUAGCUCCCCUCGCCUUGGUCGCCGUCCUCUACGGUGAGGAAUUUUUCUUCAACCUCGGUAAACCCAAGCUCAACACGGCUCCAGUAGUCUCAACAACCGAUGAGAAGAAAACAGGGAAACUGCCAUUCGCCAUAGGCAAAACCGAAGAUGGGUGUGAUAUAUUCAGCGGAAGAUGGGUGAGGGACGACUUGAACAGACCACUGUACGAGGAAUCGGAGUGUCCUUAUAUUCGGCCGCAGCUAACGUGUCAAGAACACGGCAGACCCGACAAGGAUUAUCAGCACUGGCGAUGGCAGCCUCACCGUUGCUCUCUUCCCAGGUUCAAUGCGACAUUAAUGCUGGAAACGUUACGAGGGAAGAGGAUGUUGUUCGUGGGAGACUCACUGAAUAAUGGUCAGUACAAUUCCAUGGUUUGCCUUCUUCACAGACUUACUCCAGGACAUACCAAAUUCAUUGAAACUAAUAACAAUUCCCUAGCCGCCUACACAACCAAGGAGUACAAUGCCACAAUUGAAUUCUACUGGGCACCAUUUCUUUUGGAAUCAAAUUCAGACAAUGCUGUUAUUCAUAGGAUUACAGACAGGAUUGUAAGGAAAGGUUCCAUAAACAAACACGGUCAACAUUGGAAAGGUGCCGACAUUAUAGUCUUUAACACCUACCUGUGGAGGAAAGGAUCUUUUGAUGAUGAAAAGAAAGAAAUAGUAAGGUUGACUACUGAGGAUGCCUACCGUAUGGCAUUGAAAAACUUGGUAAGAUGGAUUAGGAAAAACAUGGAUCCCCAAAAAACCAGAGUAUUCUUCACCAGCAUGUCUCCCAUUCAUGUAACGAGCAUUGAAUGGGGGAGUAAAGCAGGCGGAAACUGUUACAACGAAACAACAUUAAUUGAAGAUCCAACAUAUUGGGGGUCAGAUUGUAAGAAGAGCUUAAUGAGGGUGACUGAAGAAGUGUUUAGUGAAACCAAGUUCCCAAUAACAUUUCUCAACAUAACGCAGCUCUCCAGUUAUAGGAAGGACGCGCACGCCUCCAUUUACAAGAAGCAAUGGUAUCCAUUGACGAAAGAACAACUAGCCAAUCCCGUUAGCUAUGCGGAUUGCAUCCACUGGUGCUUGCCUGGCGUCCAAGAUACUUGGAACGAGCUUCUCUUUGCUAAGCUUUUCUAUCCUUAGACGAUUCGCUAGCGCUGUUCAUUCGGUCG